UGAAACCAGCAAGCAUUUCCCCAUCAGCUAUAAAACCACACCAAACACUCACAGCUGAGGAUCAAAAGUGAAGCCAUCCACCCAGGACCAGGUCCUCUCCAGGGAGGAGGCGUUCAGGCCGAUCCAAAAGAACGUCCCAUCUUCAAUCUGACUCAGUAUGAAAUCCUGCCAAGGAGACACCGACAUACGUAGGCAGAGAAACUGAGGCAGAGAACAGCUGAGUGAGUCAGUCGCUGAACUGGAAGAACACUUGAAAGGUCCAACCCAGGAAUCUUUUCCCUGGACUCCAAUUGUUUCGCGGAUUUGAUGGGAAGGAGUAGCAUGGUCCCAGCAGGCUUCAGAGUUGCCCUUUUCACCUCUGGGUGACUGAAUGAAGAUCUUGCGCUUGAGGUGGAAGAAGGAAAUCACACCCUUUUGGUGAAGGCAUUUCUUUAUUCUGCCCUUGGUUCAAAGAAACCCCAAGGCUGCCUGGGAGAACCGACUUUUCAUCCUCCAGCCAUGGAUAGAAAUGGGUUGGUCUACGCUGAUUUGAACCUCCUCGAAGAACCCUCACCCUCCAGACCGCCACCUCCAUGCCAGCCCCAGGGCUUCUUUAAGGAUUCCUCGGCACAUCUGACUGUUCUGAAAUUAUUAGCCUCUGGAAUCAUUAUCCUCACUGCAGCUGUGAUAGGGCUCAGCAUCUGGGUUAUUUACCUAAGAAGUUUCUCUUCAAGCAAAAUUCAAGGAAGUUGUAAUUAUCUAAACAUCCCAAACACUACAAACUCCAGCUCCGCAGAUCCUGAGCCACAAAACUGCCCACCACAGUGGAAGUUUCACCAAGGGAAAUGCUAUUUAUUUUCCAGAGGGGAGAAAAACUGGAAUGAGAGUAAAGCAGAUUGCACAAAAAAGGAGUCAAGUAUGUUGGUGAUUCAAGAUGUACGCGACCUGGAAUUUGUACAGAACACGAUCUUCGAAGGAGCCUUGUUUUGGAUUGGACUCAGAGCUGCCUCCUUGGAGACAGCUUGGACCUGGGUGGACCAUUCUCCAUACAACCAGCUUCUGUUCAAGAUCACAGGGAACCGAAACGGGGAAGUCUGUGUUCAGCUAUCAAAGAAAAUGGCUUAUUCAGAAAAUUGUGAAAGUGAAAUUAACUGGAUUUGCCAGAAAAAUGUUUCUUCUUGAUGCUGCGUGAGUGUCGUGUGAGUUGGACACUGACUCAGAUGUGCCUGGAGCCCAAGCCAACCCUCCCUGAAAACCAAUCACGUUACAGAGCAAGAGAAACCGACAACAUGGCACCCCUGCCUGGGUAGCAACAUGGUGGCCCCUCAAGUGGCCCCUUCCACACUGACUUUCCAGACGAAACUGGAAAAACAAGGACCCAUGCGGCAACUGGGAAAGAGCAACGACAAACAUCCUGAGUGAUGGAGACACUUGUAGGGAUAGGCCAUGGUGGUGAGAAGGAAGGGAGGGGAUUCCCAACUCCAAUGUCACUUCCUGGACCCUCUGUAUCUCCUGGGGCCUGAGGAGGCUGAGAAGGACUGAGAUGGUAUAAGGAGGUAGAGUUGAGAGGGCUAAACUUUCUCAUCCUUACUAGUUACCUCUUUGCUGUUGUCCCCGCCGUCCUUCCUCUCCCCCCGCCCCUGCGACCCAGAGUUCACGGCCUUCCCCUCCACCCUGUCCCCUCACCGCUCUACCCUUCAUCCCCCACUGGCCCUCAGCAAAAAGAAAGGAAAAUUAAAAACUGUUGAAAUCUGCAUUUUUGCCUUUAAGAGUUACCCCCACAUUCUUUUAUCUGGGCCAGGAGGGCAGGGGUGAUAGUUUCUGACCAAUCCUUCAAGACACCCUGGGCUAGUCGAUGUCCUGGAGGCCUGCAAGUGCAGAGGGACAGGCAGAGGGCACAUGAGGGGGAGUGGGAUCUAACAGGGUAUCAGAUUGGUGGAGUCUGUGUGAAGAGAGAGCGGCCUCAUUCGGGGCAUGAGCAAAGGAAGUGCUAGUUUUGCUGUCCACUAUAAAGCACAGAUUAUUGUUCUUCCAAUAUUGAGUGGUUAUUUUACAAUGUGAAUGUGCUGCCCAUCUCUUGCUUGCUUUUUACUGGGUGGGGAGGGGGUUAUUCCCAGAGCAACAAAUACAGAAGUUUCAAUAGUUAUUGGGAAAAAGUUUAGAUCCCUAGAAACCGAGCUUAACAUUUGUUUUAAAAGUAGUAACAGUAUUUAUUAAGGACUUACCAUGUGGAGAACACUCUACUUAGCGCUGAGAGAGAAUACACAGGUGGGAAUUAGACAUUGUCACUGCCCCUCUGGGGUGCUUAUAAUCUGAAAGGACAAAUGUCCCUGGCCUUGGGUCAAUCAAUCAGCCAUAUUUAUUGAGUGCUUACUGUGUGCAGAGCAUUGUACUAAGCCCUUGGGAGAGUAUGAUAUGACAUAGUUGAUAGACACAAUCCCUGCCUACCUAUGGGCCCAGUUCCAGGGAGACAAAGAGCUGAGUCCUUCUGAGGCAGGUCCAGGGAUGGAGACAAUUGAAUUCCCCCUCUAUGUGUGAUAAUUCUGUUGUAUGAUACUCUCUUGAGUGCUUAGAACACUCCUCUGCACAUAGUAAGGGCUCAGUAAAUAGAACUGACUGACUGGAUGAGUUUUCUACAUGAAUCAACAGAGGAGCGGGUCAGCCAUUUGUGGUCUUGGGCCACUGAAAGGUCAUUUUCCCAACUUGCUUGCUUUGACUGGUCACUCCCUGGCCAGGCUAAAGAGUUGAGCUCACUAGCACUGAGAGCUGGCAUACCAUACAAAAUAUCAUAUAAAAUAUGAGAAAAUUGCACUGGAUCUUGCCCCACGAUCCUUUUUCCACCCAAAUAUGGCCGACGGAAGGGAAGAGGAUCAGGAAGCUGCAAGGCAUAUCUGGGAGAGGUCUCCACAAACUCUUGGUGGUAGGUUGGAACUCUGUCACACCGAUGUAGUGAGUCGCUGCUCCCCAGAAUCGGGGACGCCCACUCUGUUAUUCAUUCAUUCAAACGUAUUUAUUGAGCACUUAUUGUGGGCAGAGCACUGUA